UAACAUCGCUUCUAGCUUCUUCUCUAGUCUCCUGUCUUUCUCUCCCAGCAACCCAUCUGAUUGUAGAAUCCCAGAGAGUGAGAUAUGGCUGCAACAACUGGUGCAAUGCUUAAUGGGUUGAACUCCACUUUCUUAUGUGGAGGCAAGAGAAGCCAGAGCUUGUUGUCUGCUGGUGCUGCAGCUAGGGUUGGAGGCUCUGUUGUUGCUCCCAAGAGGUUCGUUGUUGUGGCUGCUGCCGCUAAGAAGUCUUGGAUUCCCGCCGUCAAAGGUGGCGGCAACUUCAUCGACCCCGAGUGGCUAGACGGCUCGCUUCCAGGUGACUAUGGUUUCGACCCUCUAGGACUAGGAAAGGAUCCAGCCUUCCUCAAGUGGUACAGAGAAGCUGAGCUGAUCCACGGGCGGUGGGCAAUGACAGCGGUGGUUGGCAUCUUUGUAGGGCAAGCAUGGAGUGGUGUCCCCUGGUUCCAAGCCGGAGCUGACCCUAGUGCAGUAGCGCCCUUCUCUUUUGGCUCCCUUCUUGGGACUCAGCUCUUGCUCAUGGGUUGGGUGGAAAGCAAGAGAUGGGUGGACUUCUACAACCCUGAGUCGCAGUCAGUGGAGUGGGCUACACCGUGGUCCAAGACUGCCGAGAACUUUUCCAACUUCACCGGCGAGCAAGGCUACCCAGGAGGCAAGUUUUUCGACCCUUUAGGCUUGGCCGGCACCAUCAAGGACGGAGUGUACAUCCCGGACACUGAGAAGUUGGAGAGACUGCAGUUGGCUGAGAUCAAGCAUUCAAGGCUUGCUAUGUUGGCUAUGCUAAUUUUCUACUUUGAAGCUGGACAGGGGAAGACACCCCUUGGUGCUCUUGGCUUGUAAAUCUAUUGUUGUAUGUAGAUAAAUUUAAUUUUAGAAACAAUCAAGGAUUCACAACCUGAGCUCUUAAUUUGCCACAUAUCCACCUACAACUGCUAGCAGCAAUUUGCAUCAUCACAAAGCAAUUAUUGCAAUCCACUAAUCAAAUUCGAUUU